UCUUCUCUCUUCCACUGAGCUGUGGCAGUCCUCUUCCUCUGAGUUAUUCUUAAGGUCAUGUUUCCAGCAGCUCAAAAGUCAGAUACAGAUAUGGAUUGACAAAUCAAACCCUAUUUUGAGUGUGAGAUAAGGCAGUCAAUAUGAGGUGAUGGUGGAGAGGUGAGGAGGACAGACUUUGGACCCACUUCACUUCUUCGGCUUCUUCUCCACCGGCUGCAGCCUCGGUUUUUAUUUCUCUUCUCUCAUGAACAACAUGAAGGUUGAUUUUGCCCCCCUGGAAAUCCCCCUGCAGAGGAGACUGCAGACGGCUGCCGUGGCGCAGUGGGUCUUCUCCUUCAUUGGCCUGGCUCCCCUCUGCAUCUUCAUCUUCCUCUACCUGCUGUUCACUCGCUUCUGGCUGAUCAGCGUGCUGUACGCCGUCUGGUGGUUCUAUGACUAUGACACCCCAGCACGUGGGGGCCAGAGGGUGCCCUUCUUGUGUGGCCUCAAAAUGUGGGACUACAUGCGAGAUUAUUUCCCCGUCAAGUUGGUGAAGACAGCUGAUCUGGAUCCGAGGCACAACUACGUCCUGGGCUUCCACCCCCACGGCGUGCUGGUGGCGGGGGCCUUCACCAACUUCUGCACCUACGCCACGGGCUUCAGAGAGCUGUUUCCAGGCCUCACCAGCUACCUGCUCAUGUUGCCCCUUUGGUUCAGGGCCCCGUUCUUCAGGAACUACAUCAUGUGUGCAGGUCUGAUUCCUUCUGACAAAGAGAGUGCCAGCUAUCCGCUCCGCAAACGAGGAGGAGGCAAUGCUGUGGUAACAGCAGUGGGUGGGGCCCCAGAGGCCCUCGAUGCCCACCCUGGGACCUACAAUGUACUCUUGGCUCAAAAGAAAGGCUUCAUCAAAAUGGCGAUGGUACACGGUGCUCAUCUGGUGCCAGUCUUCUCUUUUGGAGAAAAUGAACUGUUUGAUCAAGUGGAAAACAAAAGAGGAACCUGGCUUCGAUGGAUACAGGAGCGGCUGCAAAGCAUCAUGGGUAUCUCCCUGCCUCUCUUCCAUGCACGUGGCAUAUUCCAGUACUCCUUUGGUCUCAUGCCCUACAGGAGACCCAUCCAUACAGUGGUUGGAAGGCCCAUUCAGGUUCAAAGGAACGAGAAGCCAGCUACCGAGGAACUGGAUGCCCUCCACCAGCUCUACAUGGACGAACUCAGCAAGCUGUUUGACGAGCACAAAGAAAACUACGGCGUGGACAAGGACACACACCUGCAUUUUGUCUGAACUGGACUGAUAUUGGAGUGAAUUUAAAUGUAUAUGUAUUUGUAAAGAUGAGGUAGACAUGACUUUACUCUCAAUUGGCCUGUAAAUGAAAGAUAAAUCAGCUUUUGUUGGUUCUCCAAGAAGACAUACUGCUGUAUUCGUUAAUAUGAGGGAGGACUCAACAACCCUAUCAAAAUGGAAAAGUGAAAUAGAAAUGCUUAUGUCUUCAUAACUGAGACCUGGCUGUUCAUUCAGAUGAUUUCAGGGCAGUGUGGGAAAGGGUUGGGUGACACAAGUUUUCCUCACCACCUCCCAGUGGGGGCUUCUGUCUGGGUUCUAGAUUUGGUGGAAGACUUUCUAAUACAGGGUCAUAAUGUGAAUUUGGGUUGCAACAUUUUUUAAAGAAACAGUCAUUAAUCAUUUGGGGAUUUUGUAUCUAUCCAAGUGCUAUAAACAGGGAAACACCACUAAACUGAAUUUCGUUAUAUAUUUUUGUUUUACACAUUAUGCCCUUGAAACAUUUAAGAAAUCAUUUAACAUUAGAGUGUUGUAAAGUAAUUUAGUGCAUUUACACAAGACCAAUUUUUGUACUUGAGCAUUUUUAUUUCUGUGUCCUUAUGUUUGGCCAAAUAUUGUACUUUCUAAUGCACUACAUUUAUGUUUGAGCUAAAGUUACUAGUUACGUUUCAGAUUUUGAUUUAAAAUUAGAAAGGUUUUUGAAAAUAAACCUGAGAUUCCCAAUAUCUUUGGACCGAAAACAGCUGUGGUCCUUUGAAACAUGAAACAUGUCUUUGGGUUGUAAGCAGUUCCAUCAAGAGACAUUUCACUGAUUGUUUUAUUCAAUAACAGUUUGUGGCCAAAUACAAAUUAAACCUAUCAUCAUGCCUUUAAUGA